AGGCAAAGGUAGUUUCUUUUUUCGGUUGGGCAUAAUCUGUCCUUAAAGGUAAAUGGCAUAUUUAAUCCUGUAGUAUCUCUUUAAUGAUACAAUAAAAGUAGAAAAUGGUUAUUUAUCUGAAUUGUAGACUCAAUCAUGUCUCAACCUGUACGGCUAUACACUAAAGGAAUUUUUCUUGGUUAUCAGCGCGGACUUCGCAACCAAAAUGAGAAUACAUCACUAGUUAGAAUUGAAGGUGUCAAUUCAAAGAAAGAUACUGAGUUUUACGUUGGAAAACGUAUUGCUUACGUAUAUAGAGUUGGAAAAAAAACUGUUGCUAAAGGUGCAAAAAAGUCUAGUAAAAUCAGAGUUAUUUGGGGCAAGGUUACACGACCACAUGGUGCUCGAGGAGUAGUUAGAACUAAAUUCCGUCACAAUCUUCCUCCUAAAGCCAUGGGUGGAUCAGUAAAAGUGAUGCUGUAUCCUUCUCGUGUUUAAUAAAA